UGUGUGUGUGUGUGUGUGUGUGUAGGUCCAGUUAAAGCUCCUCUUCUUGGGUCUGGUUUUCACACGAGUGUUGGAAAGGAGUCCAGAGCUCAGACUCUGCAGGGUGGUAAGCGUCAGAUCCAGCAGCUGGGCAGUCAGCUGCAGCUGAACCAGCACUGUUUGGACACCGCCUUCAAUUUCUUCAAGAUGGUCGUCAGUAAGCACCUGACCAGGGGACGCAAGACGGAGCACGUCAUCGCCGCGUGCCUGUACCUAGUGUGUCGCACUGAGGGGACUCCACACAUGUUACUGGACCUGAGUGACCUGCUGCAGGUGAACGUUUACAUUCUGGGUAAAACGUUUCUUCUGUUGGCUCGUGAACUUUGCAUCAACGCUCCAGCAAUCGGUGAGAACUUAAAAUUUAUUUUUUCACUCAUAACUUUAUUUAAACUGUGUUUUCAGAUAAGUUUACCCGUGUGAUAUGUAACCAUGGAAACAAACAUUCACAGUCCUCAUAAUAAACAGAGUGAACGUCUGUUGUCCGCUCUGAGGUGAUCAUGUGACAAUCGAAAAUCUCACUGAACAUGAAUUACCUUUUUGUUUUUAAAGAGUUUAUCUGAAGGACUCAAAAUGUGCAUUUAUGGAACUUUAUUUCCCGUGAGCCACAGUCAUCUUAAAGUUAAAGUUUUAAUACCUUCAGACUGUAUAUAAUAAGGGCGUAGUCUCAGUAACUCCCAUCGAUGGCUUAGAAGCUGGCAAAGAGAUUGAGCAUUUUGUACCAGGCUGUAAAGAGACUCUAGUGGACAGUGGAGGAACUGCAUCUGUAAAGUUAGACAUUUUAACAUGGAGCUCUAUGAGGACUGACUCACUGCAGGAGACAGACUCUA